GUGGGGAUGGGACUUCGCACCCCUGUGUCCCCCGCACAGAAUGCCUUCUACAUCCUUUUGGUGGCUAUUGGAAUUGUGGGUAACGCUAUUGUGAUUGGAGUCAUUGGAAAGAGCGUGAUGAUGGACCGUAGUGGUGGACAUAAUUCGGACAUCAUUAUCAUUAAUUUGGCAGUGUCCAAUCUCAUGGUGUCACUUGUGAGAAACGUGCUCCUGAUCAUUUCGGACUUGGGCUUCAAGCUGUACUCAUCCAAAGGAUGGUGUCAAUUCCUGAUGGGAGUUUGGGUCUGGCUGCGAUCAGUCAAUGUGUGGUCAACAUUCUUCCUCAGUGCAUUCCACCUCCAUACUCUGAGGCGUGUGGCUCCGACAAUUGGACACAUCCAAGGGCCGUGGAGCACCUAUAGGACACUUCUGUUGAGCCUGGGCAUCAUUUGGAUUUUAAACCUUAUUUACUCCAUUCCUGCUCAUAUCUUCUCCACUAAUGGCAAUGAAAACACCACAGAGACCUUGAUGUUAGUGAGCAGCACUACUCGCCCCCUGCUGGGCUGUGUGUGGAACUUCCCAACGAACUACACUGGCCUAGCCUAUGCCACCACAUCUAUGGCCAUCCAUGAAAUUUUCCCAAUAAUUUUGAUGGUAAUCACAAACAUGACCUCUCUCUACACACUCUACACUCACAGCCGGUCGCGGAACUCUGUUCAGGAGGCACCUGUUAUAAAGCGUGUUCCAGCUGAGAGAAGAGCUGCCAAGGUGAUUCUUGCGCUUGUCAUGCUCUUCAUUAUAUCUUGGGGAACCAGUAUAAUCUCUGUCAACUAUUUUAACUACAACCGAGGCUCCUCAGUUGAGUAUCUUUUGGUCAUUGCUCGCUUUGCAAACAUCAUCUUCAUCGCCAUGUCUCCUGUUGUUCUGGCAUUUGGACACCGUCGGCUUCGUUCUUGCAUGAAGUCUUCUGUCUCUGACUGA